UGACGCGGGCCGGGGCCGGGGCCGGGGCUGGGGCUGGGGCUGCGGCUGAGAGAGGUGCUCGAGGUCCGCUCUCGACCUUCCUUCCCGCCGCAGCCUGAGUCUCUAUGGCCCAGCCGCCUCACCCCCCUUUCCCAUUGGUGCAAAGUUUUUCCCCCUGGCGAGGGAGCCGCUUCCCUAUUGGUCUUUGUGGUGUCACGUGUCCCUUCCUCCACGAGAGGUCGGAAACUCGGGGAUCCGGGAGCAAGUUCAGUCGAAGACCGAGCCCACCCCGGAGCUAGCUCAGGCGGUGUCUACUGAGGUCCUCCAGGUGGCCAGGAAUGGAGUCUUCCAGCCCAGAGUCGGAUAAUAGCUGGGUGAUUGCUGGCUCGGAGGGCUGUUUGCCAGUAGAGACCCUGGGCCCAGAAUCUGAGACAGCUCCACAGACCUCAACGGGUGGACAUGCAGGAGCCGUGGAUGGAGAGGCACCUGCUGUUCCCCAGAAGCCUCCUGUCCAGCCUGAUUCUGGCCUCUCAGAGGAUGUCACAGAUGUCAAGGUUUCCCUGGAAAGCAGCGGGAAAAGCUUGGACCUCCCAAGUCCAGAGGAAGAAAAGACAAAGGGGAAGCCGCCAGAGGCCACAGAAGGGGCAGAGCUGGAAUCAGACAUCCUGGAUCAGAGGGACCCAAAGACUGUCCCUCAGCCCCCUAAAGCAGCUCUAGGUGAGGUUGGCGAAGGAUUCAGCUGUUCCAGUAGUGAGGACGACCUCGAUGUGGAGGGCCUGAGGAGACGUCGGGGCCGGGCGUCCAACCCGCUCCGUCCUCCAGCCUCCUUGGGGGUGCAUGAGCAGGCCGGCAGCGAGGGAGGAAGUGGGGAGCUCGGGCUCACCCUGAACACUUGUCUCCUUGGCGCUCUGGUCCUCGUGGGGCUCGGCUUCCUCUUCUUCUCCGGUGGUUUCUCUGACCUUGAGGCUGGGCCAGCAGAGAACUUGGAACCAGAAGUGACCCCAGAGUCUGAGUCUCAAGACGUUCAGGAUAUCCAGGGUGGUCUGAGGCAGCAGCAACAGGCCGAAAGUCUCCCAAACCUCCAGUCCAUGAGCCUCCUGCUGGACAAGCUGGCCAAAGAGAAUCAGGACAUCCGACUCCUUCAGGCCCAGUUGCAGGCUCAGAAGGAAGAGCUCCAGAACUUGCUACACAGACACCCGGGCCUGGAGGAGGAGAACGAGAGGCUGCGGGGGGCCCUGCAGCAGCGAGAAGCCUCCCAGCGGGUGCUGGAAUUGGAGAUGCAGGAGCUCCGGAGCCGCCUGGGGGAGCUGGAGGAGACCUACUCGCAGACGGUGGAUGGGACCUGCCAGAGUGCGGGGAAGACCCCCGAAGCGGCAGAGCCCCAGGGCUUCCUGGAGCAGAAGCAGCGGUUGGAGGCCGAGGCCCAGACGCUGUGCAAGGAGCUAGAGAAGCAGAGGCUGCUGCUGAGCUCAGUGCAGAGGGAGCUGGAGAGGAGCCUUCAUGAAUCGGGGCUGGGGGACGGGGACCGAGCCGAUCUGGCGGAGUUGGGGCGGAGGCUGGCUGCGGAGCUGCAGAGGGCAGCGAGCUGGGGCCCCAGCGAGGGCCGGGCCUCCAGGGGUCUGGCCAACACAUCUGAGGCCUGGGAGCAAGGAGGAGCCCACUUCAGGAGCCCCCGGGAGUCCGGUCAGAAGGAGAAGUGGAAGGACAGCCACGGGGACCACAAGGCGGAGAAGUGGAAGCACAAGAAGGAGGAGUAUGGUGGUGAAAGAAAGAAGAGCUUCAAAGGCAAAGGAGACGGGCGGUCAGAGAAGUGGAAGGAAGAGAAGCAAGGGCCUGCAGAGUUCGGGGGCAAGGACCGUAGGGAGUGGAAAGGGAUGAAGGAGCUUCCCAGGAAGAGCUGGGGAGGCUCCCGAGGCAGUGAGGGGCAGAAGCACCCAGCACCGAGGGAAGGGGCCAAGGGCAGUGGCCCCGGCCCCCGGGACCCCCAGCUGACCUGGAGGAAGGUGCUGAGCCACAAGUACCGCCUGCCGCAGGGCUGCUCCGGCGUCACCGAGUGCGCCCGCCAGGAAGGGCUCGACACCUUUGGGGUGGAGUUGCCCCCGGUUCGGAAACAGGAGCUGGCGGCGCUGCUGCAGAAGUACUUGGCCCGGCUGCCCUGGGGCCAGCGGCUUCCUGAGCCUCUCUCCUUCCUGUCCUCCUACUUCGGUGAGGACGGCCUCUUCCGCCACGACCGCCUUCGCUUCUCGGACUUUGUGGAGGCCAUGGAGGACAGCCUGGAGGAGGCCGCGGUCAGAGAGACGGGCGAUGACGAUGAAGUCGAUGACUUUGAGGACUUCAUCUUUGGCCAUUUCUUGGGGGACAAGGCGCUGAGGAAGAGGUCUGGGAAGAAGGACAAGUAUCAGAAGGGGCCCAGGAACUACCGGGAAGGCUGAGGAAGAUGGCUGCGGGGCUCGGUGCCCGGCGUUUGCCCACUGCUCCGCCCAGCCAUCAGAGAGAUGGGGGGGCCUGGCCUCCUUCGGUUUUUAGCGGUCACUGCAUGGGUGUGGUGUGUUUGGGGAGGUCUGCGACCCCGGGGGGCAUUAACAUCGCACCUCCCCCUGGCACCGGCUCCGCCUUCGCUGCCAGGAGUGAGUAGGUUGAGAGCUCAGACCCCAGCUUGCUCAGGAGUUGCCACUUUAGCUUGGAAGUGCUCUGACGCUGCUUAUGCUUAUUUAUGUGUGUGGGUACAGUCGGGCCUCUCCCCCCUCGGGUUCCUGCAUGGAGACCCGGCUGGCUCUGGCCCAAGCAACAUGUGCCAAAGUGGGGCGCGGGGGCAGGGCAAGGGCCCCACGGGGGAGCCAGUCCUGCCCAGAGGCUUGUGCCCCCCCCCCACGGCCUUCUGUGUGUGUGUGCCAGGUGCGGGGGCUGCUGGGGAAGACUCCCCCUCCCGCCCCCGCCAUGCUCUGUUUGCUCCAUGUGGGAUGCACUUGUGGGGGCCUGGGGCCCGCUUAGAUUUGUCUGUAGGUGUAGAGUUGGGUGACCCACUCCCUUGCUUCCAGGCUUUUGACUUGGACACUCGGUCAACACUGAAUUCAAUAAAGUGCCUUUGUUGGUAA